UAUUCAGUGCUGUCAGCUGUGGAAGUCUGUGUGAUAAAUAUAAUUUAUAACAUUUAACAAAAUGAAUUUAUUACGCGUGUUUUUAUUUAUCUUUAGUUUUAAAUACGCUUGCAGCGACUGGGUUUCAGAGUGGUUUACGCCACUACAGCAUCAUUACUCAGGCAUCGGCCAAGCUAAUGAUAACAGAGAUUUAGAUGCUCUUAUCACAGAUUUGACACCCAAUAAUAUUAUACAAAAUCAGGCAAAAAAUACUCUACUAGUAGAAGAAUUAGAAGAUAAUGAAUCGAUCUCAGAUUUGAAUAAAACGCUAGAAAAUACGAUAAAUAAAACAAAAGAGUUUAUCGCCAUAUUAAAAAAGGAAAUAAGCAGGGUCUCAAAAUUUCAGCUCCGUUUAAAAGAUAUCAUAGCAAAUGGCAGUUUAGGUGUGACAGUCGCUACCGUGUGGACGAUGGAUCAGCCGGCGCGCAGCUACCUGGUGUCGAGGUCAGCUUGGAGCGUGUGCAGCGGGGACAUCUCAUUCCCCGCAGACUAUCCACCUACCAACUGGAAAUCUGUACCGAAGUGCGACUAUGACGAAGUGAGCAAAAUCGGCAGGAUGAUGUUGUACGUACAGCGGGCCUAAAAUGGUCGCAUUGA